AUGGCUGAAUUUUUCAACGGUAUGGCAAUCGACCAACCAGCAGGUACUGCCCGGCACAACUCCCACGCCGCCGACUCAUGGCUGGAGCCCUGGCUCAUCAAGCACGUCUCCUUCUAUCGCAAACACAUGACUAAGGACGGAAAAGCCGAGUCGCACGCGACAAGACGACACAGCGUGGUCUCCGAGGCUCUGAAAUCAAGGGAGAACUCCGUUGCCGAACCUGCACCAGCGGCUCUUGCUGCGGCUAACCUUGCUUUGGAGCAGGCAGGACCUACUGCCGCAGUGCCCUCCCCCGUCGAAGAGCCUCGUGAGAGUGAGGAGCAAGAAGCUCAGAUCGCCGCACGUAUUGCCUCUGAUGAAGGUGCCCAAGAAAAGGACAAGCCUGCUCAUAGCUGGCGGAGGAGCAUUGGCUGGAUGCCUCACCCAUAG